AAUGGAUAAUAAUAUACAAUAAUGAUGGAUAAUAAUAAUGGAUAAUAUAAUAUACAAUAAUAACACAUCAUAAUAAUAAUGGAUAAUAAUAAUAAUGGAUAAUAAGGUAAUGUACAAUAAUAACAAAACAUAGAUAAUAAUGGAUAAUAAUAUACAAUAAUGAUGGAUAAUAAUAAUGGAUAAUAUAAUAUACAAUAAUAACACAUCAUAAUAAUAAUGGAUAAUAAUAAUAAUGGAUAAUAAGGUAAUGUACAAUAAUAACAAAACAUAGAUAAUAAUGGAUAAUAAUAUACAAUAAUGAUGGAUAAUAAUAAUGGAUAAUAUAAUAUACAAUAAUAACACAUCAUAAUAAUAAUGGAUAAUAAUAAUAAUGGAUAAUAAGGUAAUGUACAAUAAUAACAAAACAUAGAUAAUAAUGGAUAAUAAUAUACAAUAAUGAUGGAUAAUAAUAAUGGAUAAUAUAAUAUACAAUAAUAACACAUCAUAAUAAUAAUGGAUAAUAAUAAUAAUGGAUAAUAAGGUAAUGUACAAUAAUAACAAAACAUAGAUAAUAAUGGAUAAUAAUAUACAAUAAUGAUGGAUAAUAAUAAUGGAUAAUAUAAUAUACAAUAAUAACACAUCAUAAUAAUAAUGGAUAAUAAUAAUAAUGGAUAAUAAGGUAAUGUACAAUAAUAACAAAACAUAGAUAAUAAUGGAUAAUAAUAUACAAUAAUGAUGGAUAAUAAUAAUGGAUAAUAUAAUAUACAAUAAUAACACAUCAUAAUAAUAAUGGAUAAUAAUAAUAAUGGAUAAUAAGGUAAUGUACAAUAAUAACAAAACAUAGAUAAUAAUGGAUAAUAAUAUACAAUAAUGAUGGAUAAUAAUAAUGGAUAAUAUAAUAUACAAUAAUAACACAUCAUAAUAAUAAUGGAUAAUAAUAAUAAUGGAUAAUAAGGUAAUGUACAAUAAUAACAAAACAUAGAUAAUAAUGGAUAAUAAUAUACAAUAAUGAUGGAUAAUAAUAAUGGAUAAUAUAAUAUACAAUAAUAACACAUCAUAAUAAUAAUGGAUAAUAAUAAUAAUGGAUAAUAAGGUAAUGUACAAUAAUAACAAAACAUAGAUAAUAAUGGAUAAUAAUAUACAAUAAUGAUGGAUAAUAAUAAUGGAUAAUAUAAUAUACAAUAAUAACACAUCAUAAUAAUAAUGGAUAAUAAUAAUAAUGGAUAAUAAGGUAAUGUACAAUAAUAACAAAACAUAGAUAAUAAUGGAUAAUAAUAUACAAUAAUGAUGGAUAAUAAUAAUGGAUAAUAAUACAUCAUAAUAAUGGAUAAUAAUAUAAUAUACAAUAAUAAUACAUCAUAUUAUUCUUUCUGUUUUUGUCUCUCUCUCUCUCUUAUUUUGUGGACGCGGCUCCUUUAAAUCAAGGUGGGAGGGGGAGGCAGCUGAGAGGAAGGAAGGAAGGAAGGAAAGAAAGAAGGAGAGAAGGAAGGAAGGAAGGAAGGAUGUCCAGCUGCAAGGACAGGAGGAGGAGGAGGAGGAGGAGAGCCCCCCGACACCCAGCCCCCCACUGGCACCCCAGUGACUCGGUGGAGAUGAGCUCCGAGGGCGAGGAAGACGAGGAGGAGGAGGAGGAGGAGGAGUUCUUUGACGCCCGAGAGGAAGUGUCCGAAGGGAAGAGCGCGGCCUCGGCCAUCCUCCUGGGCAUGAGCCAGUGGAACUCCAACGACCUGGUCGAGCAGAUCGAGACCAUCGGGAAGCACAUGGAGCACGGCCCCGCUGGAGAAGAGGCCCCGUUCUGCUCCUCGGGCGUCCUGCAAGAGAAGCAACGGGAAUUGUACCGGGCCUCUCUGCGGAAGCACCGCUAUCCCGCGCAGGGCAGCAUCGAGAUCCACGAAGACAACGAGGAAGCGUCCGCUCACCCGCACUGCCCGACGCAGGUCCUGAUCCUGGUUCUGCACGGAGGGAACCUGCUGGACUCGGGGACCGAGGAGGAGGCGGCAAGUGGCAAGGAGGCUGACCUCAGCACCUUCGCGGUCGCCUUCGAGGAGGUCGCCCGGGCCCACUUCCCCGCCGCCGCUUCCAGACGUGUCCUGCUCCGCCUGGUGCCUUGUCCGGCCGUCUGCGCCCAGGCCUUCUCCCUCAUCACCCACCUGACGCCCUUCAAUGAGGAGGAGGGCCCGCUGGGGGUCAAUGAGGACCACCUCCCACUGGCCGCCCUCCCGCUGCUGGCCAUCUCCUCCCCGGAGUACCAGGGCGCCGUGGCCACCGUCAUCAGCCGUGCCAACCAGGUCUACGCCCAGUUCCUCCGCUCCCCCGAGGGACACGGCUUCAGUGGCCAGGUCUGCCUGAUCGGGGACUGCGUGGGGGGCAUCCUGGGCUUCGACGCCAUCUGCUUCAGCGCGGGGCCGGCCGACGAGAGCCGAGCCAGCAGCCGCCGGGGCAGUGCCAGCAGCGCGCAGGACAACUCACUCACCGCCGAAGACUCCAACCUGGGGGAGGUCCAGCGACUCAGCAAGAGCAACAACGACGUCUCCGAGACCAUGGAAGAGGAGGGGGAGCAGUCGCCCCGGCAACCGUUGCCGCGGAAACAGAGCGGGGACUCCGCCUACGAGUGCGACGCCAUCGCCCAGCACCACGCCUUCCUCUCCAGCAUCCACUCCACCAUGUUGGACGAGGACUUCCCCGCCGAAGGGUCGCCCAAUGCGCCGGACCUGAGCCUGGGCCGCUUUGACUUCGAGGUGUCGGACUUCUUCCUCUUCGGCUCCCCACUCGGCCUGGUGCUGGCCAUGCGGAGGACGGUGCUGCCCGGCCUGGAAGUCUCCCAGGUGCAGCCGGCCUGCAACCAAGUGUACAGCCUGUUCCACUCGGCCGACCCCUCGGCCUCCCGGCUGGAGCCCCUCCUGGACCACCGGUUCCACCUUCUUCCCCCCUUUGCGGUGCCCAGGUUCCAGAGGCACCCCAGGGGAGACGGGCGCUCUCCCCUCCUAGUGGACGCCCUCCAGGCCCACCAGGACCUCUUUGCGGAGGGGGAGGAUGACAAGGGGGAGUCCCGGCGGAGGGGCAGCACCGGCAGCACCAACAGCGAGAGCUCAGCCUCCACGGAGAGCCUGCUUCCCAGCAGCGUCACCAACAUCGCCUCCAAGUGGUGGGGCUCCAAGCGGAUCGACUACGCGCUCCACUGCCCGGGGGCGCUGACGGCCUUCCCCACGGUGGCCCUGCCCCACCUCUUCCACGCCAGCUACUGGGAGUCCGCCGACGUGGUGGCCUUCAUCCUCCGACAGGUGAUGCGGUUCGAGGAAGCGGUCAGCGAGAAGGAGAGCCACAACGCGGAGCUCGGGGCCCCGGUCCCCUCCAACCCCAGGGAGAAGUGGCUGCGGCGGAGGACCCAAGUCAAGCUCCGGAACGUGACCGCCAACCACCGCUCCAACGACGUCAUCGCAGCCGAGGGAGGCCCCCAAGUGCUGGUGGGGCGCUUCAUGUAUGGACCCCUGGACAUGGUGGCCCUGACCGGGGAGAAGGUGGACAUCCUGGUGAUGACGGAGCCCUCCUCCGGGCGCUGGGUCUGCUUCGACACUGAGAUCACCAACAGCAGUGGGAGGGUCUCCUACGCCGUUCCCAAGGAGAAGCGCCUCCCGGUGGGGGUCUACCCCAUCAAGAUGGUGGUCAGGGGCGACCAGAGCAGCGCCCUGAGCUUCCUGACGGUCCUCCCGCGCGGGAUGGAGUGCGUGGUCUUCAGCAUCGACGGCUCCUUCGCCGCCAGCGUCUCCAUCAUGGGCAGCGACCCCAAGGUCCGGGCCGGGGCCGUGGACGUGGUCAGGCACUGGCAGGACCUGGGCUUCCUGAUCCUGUACAUCACGGGCCGGCCGGACAUGCAGAAGCAGCGCGUGGUCUCGUGGCUCUCGCAGCACAACUUCCCCCAAGGCAUGAUCUUCUUCUCCGACGGACUCGUCCACGACCCCCUCCGCCAGAAGGCCAUCUUCCUACGGAACCUGGUCCAGGAGUGCCACAUCCGGAUCUGCGCGGCCUACGGCUCCACGAAGGACAUCUCGGUCUACGGCGCCCUGGGCCUCUCCCCGUCACAGAUCUACAUCGUGGGCCGGCCGGCCAAGAAGUACCAGGCGCAGUGCCAGUUCCUGAGCGAGGGCUACGCCCUGCACCUGUCCUGCCUGGAGGGCCCCCUCCCCGCACGGCCCAAGAAGCCCCCCUGCGCACCCCCUCCCCCCUCCCCCGCCCCCUCCUCCGCCCCUCCCCCCACCCCGUCCCCCUCCUCCUCCUCCUCGUCGCGCCUGAUCCUGCGCAAGGGCAGCUUCGGCCUCCCCUCCCAGCCGGACUUCCUCCGCAAGCGCCGCCACCUCCGCCGUGCCCUCUCCGUCCAGCAGCCCGAGCCCCCCGGACCCCCCGCUGCCCCCAAGCCUGAGCGCGCCCAGAGCCAGCCCGAGCGCGGGGGGGGCCCUCCUCCCGCCUGGGGUCGCGCCAAGUUCGAGCCCGCCCCGUAGCCGCCAAUGGUCCGUCCGUCUGUCUGUCCGCCGGCGUCAAAAGGCCGCCGCUUGUCCCUUCUGGGUCGCCGCUUAUGGGGCAGCAAUGUCGGUGCAACAAUCAAGUAGAGGAAUGCAAUGACCGGUCAAGGGAGGUUGUCACCCUCACCAUUUGAGGUCAUCAUGCGACUCUGGAGAGACCCCGCCCACUCCUGUCCGAACAUGCGUGUGUGUCGUCUUGUGAAACGUGGUGGAGCGUGACCCCAAAGGCCCCCCUCAUCCCGUGUGGGUCUCGCGGACAUGAUGCCCCCCCGUGUGGACACACGUGUGCAUGACGACUGGGUGUGCACAUCCCACGUCUCCGUUGCCGUUGGGAAACAGAUCCCACCUUGGAUCGGGGAGAGUCAGCAAGCAAACCGUGGUUAAACAACUAGUCAGUCAGGUAACCAAGCAGUCAACCAAUCAAGCAACCAAUCAGUCAACCAAUCAAUCAAGCAAGCAGUCAACCAGUCAACCAAAAUCAACCUAACCAGCAUGCAAGCACGCAACGAAUCAAUCAACUGAUCAGUCAACCAAUCAAGCAAGCAAGCAGUCAACCAGUCAACCAAAAUCAACCAAACAAGCAUGGGAGCAAGCAACGACUCAUUCAAACAAUCAACCAAACAAACAAACAAGCAACCAACCAAUCAGUCAUCCAACCAAUCAAUCAAGCAAGAAAGCAAGCUAGGAAACAACCAAUCAAUCAAUCAAUUAAUCAACCAAACAAUCAAGGGAGUAACAAAUCAAACCAACCAAUCAGUCCACCAAACUAUCAACCCAACAAACAAUCAACCAGUCAACCAAAAUCAACCAAACAAUCAAUCAAUCAAUCCAUUAAUCAAUCAACCAGUCAACCAAAAUCAACCAAACAAGCAUGGGAGCAAGCAACGACUCAUUCAAUCAAUCAACCAACCAAACAAGCAAGCAACCAGUCAGUCAUCCAACUAAUCAAGCAAGCAAGCAAGCAAGGAACCAACCAACCAACUAACCAACUAAUCAGUCAACCAAACACUCAACCAACCAACCAAUCAAUCAAUCAAACAAGCAAGCAAGGAAGCAACCAACCAACCAACUAAUCAGUCAACCAAACACUCAACCAACCAAUCAAUCAAACAAGCAAGCAAGGAACCAACCAACCAACUAACCAACUAAUCAGUCAACCAAACACUCAACAAACCAACCAAUCAAUCAAACAAGCAAGCAAGGAAGCAACCAACCAACCAACUAAUCAGUCAACCAAACACUCAACCAACCAACCAACCAAUCAAUCAAUCAAACAAGCAAGCAAGGAAGCAACCAACCAACCAACCAACUAAUCAGUCAACCAAACACUCAACCAAUCAAUCAAUCAAGCAACCAACCAACCAACCAAACAAUCAAGGGAGCAACAAAUCAACCAACCAACCAAUCAGUCCACCAAACUAUCAACCCAACAAACAAUCAACCAAGCAAGCAAGUCAAUAACCAAUAAUUCAACCAAACAAUCAAUCAACCAACACAUCCACGAAGCAAGCAGGCAACCAAUCAAGCAAGUGAAGAGACGGUGCUCCGUGAUGGCAGGAAUGGGACUGGACUAGAUGGCCUUUGGGGUGCCCGGGGUCCCCCUCACGUGUUCCGUGUGUUGCUUCUCGGUGUCUCUAGGCAGGAGAGGAGGACCCGGAUACCUACGGACCCCCUCUUCUGGCCUCACGUGGGUGCACUUUUGGGGGGACGGGAUCUCUCUCUCUCUCUCCCUCUCUCUCUCGCAACGGUGUCUGUCUGACAUGUCAAAUAAACACCUUCUUUGCCUUUG